AUGUCUAAAAUUCUUACCGUCUUCGGAGCCACCGGAAAUCAGGGUGACUCGGUCAUCAAGGCCAUCCUGGCCGAUUCGGUUCUCUCCAAAGAGUUCAAAAUCCGAGGUAUUACCCACGAUCCCAGCAAGUCGUCCUCGCAGAAGCUGGCGGCCGCUGGAGUCGAUGCCGAUAUAUCAACUGUCGAGGGAGCUCUCCCCGCUGUGUCUGGCGCCCACACUGUCUUCCUGGUGACAAACUUCUGGGAAUCCAUGAAGAAGGAGGUAGAGCUAUCUCAGGGCAAGGCAGUAACGGAGGCAUAUAAGCAAGCAGGGGUGAAGCACCUCAUCUUUUCCUCGUUGCGGAAUGUGACCGAGAUCAGCAACGGCCGUCUGCCGAACGUGACGCACUUCGAUGGCAAGGCCGAGAUUGAGGAUUAUAUCCGCGCCAGUGGCAUCUCGUCCACCUUUGUCCUGCCCGGGCUGUUCAUGUCCAACUUCUUUGAUUUUUUCAACAAGCAGGGUGACACUUAUACGCUUGCGUGGCCGGUCAACUUGGAGAAAGCCCGCGCUCCGCUCUUUGAUGCGGCACAGGAUACUGGCAAGUUCGUGAAAGCUGCUUUAGCUAAUUGGCCGUCGACCGCCGGACAACGUAUCCUCGCCGCCACCGACUAUUACACGCCGAAGAGAAUCGUGGACGAGUUCCAAAAGGUCACCGGCUACAAGGCGCAGGCGGUGCAGAUCCCGCCGGAGACAUUCAAGUCUUUCCUUCCUGAACCCGUGGCGCAGGACAUGCUGGAAAAUAUCCAGUUGCUGGAAGACCCGGAAUACUUUGCGGGCGAGCCUUUGGAACCGUCACUAAAAUUGCUGGACCAAAAACCCACGCUAUGGGAGGAGUUUGUGAUACAGAACAAGGAGAAGUUCUAA